UGUUUUCACUCCAGUCCAGAGGGAACCUUAUUCCUGAUUUAUUUCGCUCCACAAGAAUUUUCUGGGAAUAAUUCACCGUCAGAAAACUUAAGGGCCAUGAUAAAAGCAGCAGAGGUCGGMGAUACAUCAUGGGAACUUUCAGUGCAGGUGGAUCAGAAAGAGGGAGUCGAGUCGAUGAAAUUCAAACUUCGGGUGAAAGGAGACUUGCACGUUGGGGGGCUCAUGCUCAAGCUGGUGGAGAAAAUCAAGGCUCCUCAGGACUGGUCAGAUCAUGCCCUGUGGUGGGAGCAGAGAAAAUGCUGGCUGCUCAAAACUCACUGGACUUUGGACAAGUAUGGAAUUCAGGCUGAUGCUGACCUGCGCUACACCCCCCAGCACAAACCGCUGCUGCUGCAGCUCCCCAACAUGAAGACGAUCAGGAUCACGGUCUGCUUCUCCAGCGUGGUGUUCAAGACAGUGUCAGAAAUCUGCAGAGUUCUCAACAUCAGAAGAUCAGAGGAGCUGUCUUUGCUGAAACCCCCUGAUGAUCCCUCCAAAAAGAGGAAGAAGAAAGAGAAGAAUUCGCCUCAGGAUGACAUCUGGGACAUUUGGGAUUCACUUAAUGGGGGACCGGGAGGAACAGGUUCCAUGUAUGGUAAGACCAUGACAGCAACCUACGACCCAGAGAACGGGAUGCCGAUGUCUGCCACCAGCCUUUGGUUCGGAGAAAACCCUCUAGCUGAGUGUCAGCCAAAUCUGUCCCCCGCCGAGCUCGCCAAGCUCUACCAGCCGCUGUCUCUAGUGGACAAAGCAACCAACAACGCAGGGUGGCUGGACUCGUCGCGUUCUCUCAUGGAGCAAGACAUCCAGGACGACGACAAGCUGCUGCUUCGCUUCAAGUACAACGUCUUCUUUGAUCUCAACCCUAAAUACGAUGCUGUGAGAAUAACGCAGCUCUACGAACAGGCCCGCUGGGCCAUCCUGCUGGAGGAGAUUGACUGCACUGAAGAGGAAAUGUUAAUGUUUGCUUCUCUGCAGUAUCGCAUUUGCAAGCUGACGGUGUCGAGCGAGCCGCUGGACCACUCCAACGACCCAGAAAUCGAUGAAGUAGAGGCCGCCCUGUCGAACCUGGAGGUGACUCUUGAAGUCGGGCACACAGACAGACUUCUGGAAGACAUUACAGACAUUCCAGAGCUGGCAGAUCACCUCCGGCUGUUUAGGCCCAAACGACUGAGUCUGCGGUCAUACAAAGAGUACUGGUUUGUGUUUAAGGACACCACCAUCUCUUACUACAAGAACAAGGAGGCCUCCAGCGGCGAGCCCAUCGAGCAGUUUCAUCUGCGAGGCUGUGAGGUGGUUCCCGACGUCAACGUCACAGACAAGAAGUUCGGCAUCAAGCUCCUGCUCCCAGUUGCCGAUGGGAUGAAUGAAGUCUACAUCCGAUGUGACAAU